AUGGAGAUGGAUCCCGCUUCGAACGCUGCUCCUGCGGUAGCACCUGCUGUUGCUUCCACGAGCGCUAACCCGGCUGUUCCUGAGCAGUUCAACAUUCCUGAGCGCUUUAAAGGCUGGACUACUGUGGCGGUCAAGGGUUUUCGGGCGGAUUUCAAAUCACUCUUGAAGGCGAAGUCCAAGCUUCAGAAGAUGAAGACGCUUGAUGAACAGGGUGUGCUUCUUCACAGUAUUCGCACCAAAGCAGUUGAGUUCCAGACGAAAUACCCUUCUGUUCGGGAAAAGUCUGCAGCUUCGGUUGCUGCUGUUCAUCUGGAGAAUCAAAAGCGUAUCCAGAAGGACUUCAUCGCUUCGAAGGAGAUGGAGGUCGAGGAGAUUUUGGCGGCUUCUAACCUGCACGUGACGACUCUGGCGACAAAGCUUGAGGACUACCUGAAAAGUCUCUCGGAGAACCCUGACCUGGUGGUAUCUGAUGCUACCAGGGAGAAGUACAGGAAGAUUAAGGGGGCUUGCAUCGAGAAGGCGCAGUCCGACAUAGCCAUUGCCAGGGAUGAGAUCAUCAUCCAGGAGUUGGAACGGCAGAAAAAACGUGAAGCUGAAGAUUUGAAGAAAGCUGCAGCGGCUGAGGAGAUCGACAGAAUGGAGCUGGAUCUGACGGUCGACGCAAUCGUUCAGAAGCACGUAAAGAAGGUCGAAGAUCGGCUUCGCAAGGAGUUCGCGGCGAAGCUGGACAAAGAGCUAUCUGCGAAGCUUCAGAAGAUUACGUUGGAAAAGAAGGGCCAAGCAGCACCGAAGCAGGCCCGGGUUCCAAAAAACGGAGGCGGCGGCCCCGCAAAAGGGCCGCCAAAGAAGAAGUAA